UAAAAGACUGUAAACGUGGCAGAUAUCCACUUGAUAUGACUGGCUCGGACUGUUGAGGCCUCAUAUAAGAGUCACUGAUGGUCACGCAGCUGUAAAAUGCCUGAAAAUGAAGUACUCUACUCUGAAGUUAAGUUCACAAGAAGGAAAGGAAACACCAUUGAGACUGCUUCCUUAUCAGCUGACGCCCCUUACGCUGAAGUCAGGCUCUUGAAAACUCAGCCAUCCACAGAGCUGCCUGGUUCCCAACAAGUGGUGUCAAACAGAGGGUCAAAGUUCAAAUCACAGAGAGUUGCUCUGGUGGUUCUCUGUGUUCUCUUGGCAGUUGUGGUCAUCGCUCUUUGUUGUGUCUCUUAUGAUAACAUGCAAACGAAGAAGAGUCUCCAAGCAAUGAAAGCCGAACAUGAAGCUAUGAAGACAAAUUUCACGGAGAGCCUCUCUGAAAAGAUGAUGUCACCUUCUUGCCCACAACCACUACCUCCUGAAAUAAAAAGUGAUUCAUGUCUGAAAUGUGCCAAGGACUGGGAGCAACUUAGAGGAAAGUGCUAUUAUUUCUCCAACACAUCUUUGUCCUGGGAAAGGAGCAGACAUUUCUGCCAAAAUCAAGGAGGAGACCUGGUGAAGAUAGACAGCAGGGUGGAGCAGAUACUCUUGAACCAGAAACUGAUUGACAAAAUGAUCGAUGCUGAGGACAAGUUCUGGAUUGGACUGACAGACUCGAAGGAAGAGAACAAAUGGUUUUGGGUGGAUGGCUCAUCACUGAACACAAGUUUGUCUUUCUGGGCCACACGUGAGCCGGACAAUUGGGAUGGGGAAAAUCCUAAAGGAGAGGACUGUGUGAGGAUGGGAGAGAAAGCAAAAGCUGAAAACCUGAAGCAGUGGUUUGAUAAGUCCUGCGACAAGCCUCACAGAAGUAUUUGUGAGAAACAAGCAGUGACUGGAUCUCGUAGGGUUAUGUGUGUCUGAAAUCCAGUUGAGCACAGACUUCUCAGCCUAUUUACAGUUUUUUAUCAGUUGCUUUAUUAUGAUUCUCAAAACACGGUGUGUUACUCUCAAAUCUGCAGUUCACUUUCUCACAACAGUAUUCGCAUUUCUUGUUUGUCAUUUCAAAUAUGUUCAAAUGAUCCAGUCAUGCAUUGAGUUAAGUCUCUCCACUCUCUUGCCUCUCUACUGAACAGUAACUGUCAGACGUGCGCAUCAAAAUGUUCAUUGUGUACAGCAAACUGUCUCAGACAUGUUUCGAACAGGCACUGCAGUUCAUUUAACUAAAAAGCAAGGAAUCUCUCUCUGCCUGUAUGUAUGUCCUUCGCAUAUCUGGAGGACUGUUCCUCCGAUUGACUUCACACUUGACAGGUGUAUUGCUGGGGGCCAAAGGAUGUGCAGUGUCGAAUUUGGUGCAAUUUGGACAUGCAAUAUGUUUAAUAUUAAUAAACUUUGAAUAAACCAGCGAUCAGCAAGAUUCAGGCCUCUGCUGACUGACUCCAGCAUGUCAGGGAGAGACCAGAGAUGAGGUGUGACUCGAGUCAGAGAAAAGUGCUCUUAAAAGAGAAAAAAAAGCUUUUAAGCAAGAAUGGACAUUCUUAUCCUAUGUCUAGACAGAUAGUGUAGUGUUGGCAGCACGUUUAGCAGAUCAGUAGCAGCAGUGAGUGACUACACAGGAGGCAUUCAGGUACAUUGUUGAGUUUAGGUCACAACAAAGGAAAUACUUUCCACUGGCAGUUCAAAACCAGUUUGUCUCAUAUGCUCUGAUAUCGUGGCAAUUGUGAAGCGCCACUACAGACAAAGCACAAAUCUUUGGAGCAAACAUACCCACCCAAAUCCGAACUGAAGUUACAGGAAGAGCCCAAUAUGAUUGAUCCGCUUUAUUAUUAUAUAGGAU